AUGGGCAGCCUUGCUCACGAUCAGCAAGCAAUUUCACAUCAAAAAUUAAUUCAACAUCACUUGCCUGAUCAUGAUGGUCAUUAUGGCGAGCUUUCACACAUUGGACAUCACGCACCUGAACAUCAUACAGAAUACGCCUGGUCAUAUCCUUCAUAUGAGUUCUCAUAUACAGUGGCCGAUCCUCAUACUCAUGAUAACAAAGGGCACCAUGAAACCAGAAACGGAGAUACUGUUAAAGGAAUGUAUUGGUUGAUGCAACCAGAUGGUCUCAAACGCACUGUGACCUAUUACGCGGACAAACACAGUGGGUUUAAUGCUCAAGUCGAAUACUCAGAUCCCUAUUACCAUAAACAAGUGCAUCAACAUCAAGAACCCAAGUCCGAAGUUUAUGCAAUCAUCAACUCUUUGCCUCAUGAUUCUUACAACGCAUAUGCAAAUGAUCAUCACGAGUAUUUGUUUAAGCCCCUUUAUGAUCAAUAUAAUAGCAUUCCAUAUGAUUAUUAUUCUAUUCGCCAGUAA